AUGCCGAGCCGAGAUGCAACUCCACUCGUUGGUAGCGAGGCCCCCGAGUUCGUUCGCAACCAACACCUGUCCAUUGCAGCGCGACAAGUCCGGCAAGACACAAUGGCAGACUUUGUAAAAGGCCUCUUUGGGGGAAACAAGCCUGCUCAGGCACCUGUUGUUGGUGAUGAUGACUUUGCCGACUACGCAGGCGCCCCCGAGCCGACACCCGCGGCAAUCACCUCUUUUGCAACCGGUGCACAAGCACAGGCUGCUCCCACUUCCGCUCUUGGUGCCGGCAGCGCGCGCCCCUACACAGCCUGGUACCGCGUCUGGGAGCGCACGACCAAGGAUGACUUCAAGCUCGAAAUGUACAUUCUGCCCUUCCUGGCCCUCCUCAUCGUCGUCCACGUAUGGGGCACCAAGCGUAACAGGAGUAAAGCGCGCGCCUGGGCUGCCGCGCACGCGCCUGUUCUGGCGCAGGAGUUUGUGCAGGUGGGACAGUUGAGGCCGGAGAUUGAUGAGAAUGGCAAUGUCAAGCCGGUGGAGGCGGACAAGAUUCUCAAGGAGAAGAAGGCGGAUGAGUAUCAGACGUACGCGACUGGGAGGCAAAACAUUGCAUUUGUCGACUUCAAGUUGAGCCUGUCGAAGAGGUACAACCCCUUGAUGCGUCUGGGUGAUCACAUUAUCCCACUUUUCUUCGAGAGCUUCGCACCGCCAAGGGAGCGCAUGGAGGCUACUGCGUACGUCUUUGAUGGCCAAGAGUCCAAGAUUGCGCCAGCCUAUGGCAAAAUGGAUUCUAGCUUGAAGAAAGUGGGCAACAGCACCUUUGACGGCUUCGUCUUUGCCAUUGUCCACAAGGACACGAUGAAGAGGCUUCGCGACGAGCGCUACGACUUAUCCCUCACCACCACGCGCGACCACGCCAAACUCCCCGUCUGGGUCACCGUCAUGAGCGAAAGCGCAGAAGUCACGGACGCACUCAUUACCCCCGACCUCGUCAAAGCCGUCGAACAAGCCGGCGACGCCCUCGAAGCCCUUGUCGUAAGCGACCAACCCGUCGACCAACCCAAAACCAUCGAAGACACCCGCCCCCGCAAGCGCAUAUCCCUCUCCCUCCGCCUCCCCUCCUCCACCUCCCACUACACCACCACCCUCCCCCUCUUCACCCACUUCCUACACCUAGCCGACCACCUCGCCGCCCACGGCUCUUUCCGACCCGAAGCCCUGCGCCGCAUUCGCGCCACGCGCGACGAGCAAAUCGCAAAGAUCAAGAAGCAAGAGGACGAGGAAAAGGCAGAGGAGCGCAAACUCGCGCUCGAUAAGCAGAAGAAGGAGUUGCGGGAUGCCAAGCUCGGUCGCUUGAGUGCAGACGAGCAGCGCAAGUUUUUGGAGAAGGAGAGGGAGAAGGGGUUGAGGAAGGGGGCGAAGAGGAGUACGGUCAAGGCUUAG